AUGGCGCUGAAUAGCCUGAAAGUACACAAUCUAUACUGCGGCAAACAAAUAGAUAAGCAAGCGCGAGACAUUUUCUUCGAAGGCACCAUGAACGACGUCCACGAGAACUUCCAAUCACUGAUGACAUACUGCGCCGGUGACGUCAUAGCUACGCAUAAUGUGCUCAAAGAAUUGUUACCGCUGUUUCUAGAGAGGUUCCCUCAUCCUGUUACGUUGGCUGGAAUGUUGGAGUUAGGGUCUGCAUAUCUGCCAGUAAACUCAAAUUGGCUGCAAUAUAUAGAUUCAGCAGAAACGGUAUUUGAAGAUCUGAAAUUGGAAACGCGGCAACUGCUUUCUUUGAAAGCGGACGAAGCGUGCCGGCUUAUGGAGAACGACGCUUACAAGAAGGAUUUGUGGAUGUGGGACCAAGAUUGGUCUACUCAAAGUUUAAAAUUAAAAAAGACUGUUCCAAAAAAGAAAUCUAUUAUUCCAGAACAAAUAACCAACAAUCAGAGUGAUAAUUUUGAAAAUCGAAAACCAAAAGACAAAACCAAAGAGUUCAAAACUCUUAGCGAAGAGUAUAUUGAUACCAUACAGCCGUAUUUGGCUGGUUAUCCGGCGUGGUAUAGAAAACUGUGCACUAAACCUGGUAAAGACCCGGAUUGGAUACCAGGAGCUAAUAACCUUACCACUAGUAUGCAGAUAACACCAAAACUUCUCCGUUUAUCGUGGGAAGGCUAUCCCCUCCACUACAUCCAAUCCGAGGGGUGGGGAUUUUUAGUGCCGUUCAGUCGACAACGAGACGCCGAGGUGGAAGGACCUCUGUUACCUUUAGAAGAGUUGUUGGAAUCAUGCCCAUUGGUUCAAUGCAAAGAAACUGAAGACAGUAGUGAUGUUUGCAUCUUGCCAAAGACUGUAGAGGAGGAUUUAGGCCGUCGAGCUUAUUACGCCAGGAAGAAGUUGGACGAGCAAGCAGCAGCAAACAAGUACCACGGGCUUGGUGUUUGGUGCGGCGUUCAGUUGCAAGGUUGUGCUCAUUUUCUACGACUUCCUCAUAAAGACGGGCCCAAGUACAAAGUGGGUAAUCCAUUGGCAAAGGACUUCUUGGAGAUGUUCAGUCAAAACGUUCUUUCUGCACAAGGAAAUGAAGCGGAAAAGGUACUGACUUUCGGUAGAAUGAUGUCGUAUUGGCGCAACAACCGCGAACGCAUAAUGGGCCAGCAGGUAGUGUGGCUGCCCAAAGAAUUGUUACCCGAAUAUCUACGUAGCUCCAUGCGGCGUUACGGCGCUAUCGUGCCGCAAGUUGUCGUUUGCGGCACUUUGACUCGCAGGGCCAGCGAGCCGACGUGGAUGACGGCCAGCAACGCGGCGCGCACGCGCAUCGGCUCGGAGCUGCGCGCGCUGGUGCAGGCGCCGCCGGGACACAGCUUCGUCGGCGCCGACGUCGACUCGCAGGAGCUAUGGAUAGCAGCUCUCCUAGGCGACAGUACGUUCGGUAUUUGCGGCGGUACGGCCUUCGGCUGGGCGGUACUGGCCGGCGACAAAAGCCACAGUACCGACUUACACUCGCUUACGGCGCGCGCAGCCGCAGUUAGUCGCGAUCAUGCGAAAGUUAUCAACUAUGCUAGAAUAUAUGGUGCCGGUCAGAAUUUCGCUGAACGUCUUUUAAAGCAGUUUAACCCGACAAUGACGAUAUCUGAAGCCAAGAGUAAAGCUGCCAAGAUGUUCACCAGCACGAAGGGACGGAGGGUGUACACCCUGCGACGCCAAUACAUGCAGGGUUUCAUGAGCGAAGAUGAUGAGAAUGAGGUAGUACAAAUGUCUGGUUACCAAGCGAAACGGCUGGCAAAGAUGAGCGGCAAGAAGGUCGAGGAUAUGUUUGAACGACCGCAGUGGGUCGGCGGGACAGAAUCCGAUAUGUUCAACAAGCUGGAGGAAAUUGCCGAGUCCCCGGCGCCGGCGACGGCGUUCCUGCGCGGGCGCCUGUCGCGCGCGCUGGAGCACGCGGCGGGGCGCUGGGGCGGCACGCGCCUCAACUGGUGCGUGCAGAGCGCGGCCGCCGACUUCCUGCACCUCAUGCUGGUUUCCAUGCGGCACCUAGCGCCCGACGCCAGAUUCUGCCUGAGUUUCCACGACGAGGUCCGGUAUCUGGUUCCAGAUGAACACAAGUACGAAACCGCUUUGGCACUGCAGAUCACCAACCUUCUUACUAGGGCUUUUUGUUCACAAAGGGUUGGUAUCCGUGAUCUACCUCUAUCAGUAGCAUUCUUUACCUCCGUAGAAGUAGAUCAGGUGUUACGUAAAGAAUCAAACCUCUGUUGCACCACACCGUCAAAUCCACACGGACUUGAGAAGGGAUAUGGUAUACCCAAUGGUGAAUCUUUGAAUAUUUUCGAUGUUUUAGAUAGAUACAUGACUGGUUGA